AUGUCCGUCGCCAACGUGAACCGGUGCGGCGUGUCCUGCUGGCAUCCGGCCUGGAUGCAGCGGUUCGCCACGCCAAAGUCGUUCAUCAUGGUGUACGGGUUCCUCGGUACCGUCCAGGCGAUGGCUUACAUCUACUUCGUCAUCACGCUCACCACGCUGGAGAAGCGGUUCAAAAUUCCUUCCUCAACCACCGGAAUCAUCCUCAGUGGCAAUGAAAUAUCGCAGAUCCUGCUCUCACUCAUCCUGUCGUACGUCGGAGGACAGCGGAACCGGCCCCGGUGGAUCGCAUGGGGGGUGGUGUUUUGCGCCCUGUCCUGUUUCAUUCUGGCCAUGCCCCACUUCAUCUACGGCGCGGGAGACGAAGCGCUACAGCUGACGAAGGAGUAUGUUCGCGAGCGCGAAGAGGAUGAGGCGCGGAUCCGGUCGCACCAGAACUACACGAUCAUGGUGAAGAGCACCAACCGGCUGUGCGUGGAGACGGCCACCUCCAAGGAGUGUCUCGAUACGAUCUCGAUCGUACCGCUGGUGCUGAUCUUCCUGUCCCAGUUUGUGCUCGGUAUCGGCAACACGCUCUACUACUCGCUCGGCCAAACGUAUCUGGAUGAUAACACUAAGAAGACCAACACACCGCUCAUGCUGGCGUACGCCUCAUCACUUCGUACCUUCGGCCCGGUGGUGGGUUUUGCACUCGGUUACGUGGCACUGAAGAUCUACAUCGAUCCCACCAAAACACCGAUCAUCGACAGUUCGGACCCGCGGUGGCUGGGAGCCUGGUGGCUCGGCUGGAUACUGCUCGGUAUCGGGAUGAUGAUCUUCGCCCUCCUGAUGGGUCUGUUCCCGAAGGAGAUUCCCAGGAAACCGAGGAAAGAUACCAACGCCACCCGCAAACGACCCUCGUCGAACGCUCCCGUCAUACUGAUGAACGAUGCCGAAGCGUUUGGCAAGGAAAAGGAAGGGCUAAGCGAGCGCCACAAGCGGACCGUGUCGGAGAAUGCGUCCGAGUUUGCCGAAAGCAUCGUGGAGUUCCCCAAGCUGAAAGAUUUCCCCGUUGCGCUGAUGCGGCUACUGAAGAACAAGCUGCUCAUGUUCAACAUUUUGUCCGGGAUAUUUUACAUCCUCGGUUCCAGCGGGUACAUCACGUUCCUGAGCAAGUAUAUCGAGGUGCAGUUCCACAAGUCCACCGCCAACGCCACCGUCAUCACGGGUCCCAUCACGCUGUUCGGUAUGGUGGCCGGAUUCCUCAUAUCCGGGAUCGUCAUUUCGAAGAAGAAACCGUCGCCCAAGAAGCUUCUGUUUUGGAACGUGAUCGUCGGGGUCGGCUACAUGGCGGGGCAGUUCUCUUACCUCUUUCUGACCUGCCCCGACGGUACGAUGCCGCUGGUGAAGGGACGGCUCAACCUGACGACGGAAUGUAACAGCCAUUGUCACUGCGACGGCAUCCCGUACACACCGGUCUGCCAGGAGGAGACGGGCAUCACGUUUUUCUCGGCUUGCCACGCCGGUUGCGACAGCUGGCAUACGGCCGACAAGUACUACGAUCAGUGCACGUGCCAGAACGAAAACUAUUCGCCCAUCACGAAGCUCCCGUGGGAGACGACGGCGUAUCGCACGACGAAUCCUUACACGACCGCCACGGCGCCAAGCAUAGCGGCCGUGCUCGAAUCGGCUUCUACUACGGGCAGCACUUCGACGCUGGGUGUCUUAACCACUACCGAAGUGAUGGAUCCGCUGGACACGUCGACCGUUGCAAGCGACUCCAUACAGCUGCUGGCGGGCAACGAGUCCAAGGUUAACUACACGCUAACAAACGAUGAUCAAAAGGAUCCCCAAAUGGAAACGUCGAACGUCGAAACCACGAUGGGGGCCUUUGAGGACGAGAGCAGCGAUCCGAGCGAUCCGCCGAGCGACCGCAGCGAGGAUGUAGCAGAGGACAGUGUGCCGGCGAGACGAAGGAGAAGAGCUACCGGAACGACGACCAGUGACCCGCCGGACACUUUACUGUACAGCGCCAAACUAGUGCCGGGAGCCUGCAUCAAGGGCUGUGCGCUUGGCUUCUAUCUUUUCUCGAUCAUUUCCAGCGUCAUCAACUGCUUGGGUGCAUCGGGAAGGAUCGGCAAUCUGUUGGUGAACUAUCGCUGUGUAGCGAAACAGGACAAAUCUUUCACCCAGGGGCUCAUUUUGAUGAUGAUAAGCUUGUUUGCGCUCAUCCCUGGACCCAUCAUCUACGGGCGCAUCAUCGACAGUACCUGCCUCGUGUGGACGGAAGAGUGUGGCAAGCGGGGCAACUGCCAGCUGCACGAUCAGAAGCUCUUCCGGUACUACAUCAACAUAACCGCGCUUUGUCUCACGUUCGUUGGCGUGUUCUUUGACGGGCUCGUCUGGUGGUACGGCAAAACGCUGGACCUGUACGGUGAGCGCGAACAAGCGGAACUGCAGCAGAAGCGGCAACACGCGGGCGCCAAGGUACACCCGGCACCGACCAGUAACCAUGUGUUCAAACAUGAUUCGUGAUCGCUCCUGGCACCGUGGUCAGUGGUGAGAGCCGUGUAAAUGUGUUGUUACCCUACCGACAUGUCCUGCAUGUUUGUAUUUUUUGUUUGCUUUUAUUGUAUGUACGA